AUGGGAGCGUAUGUUAGUUACAACGUGGUUAAAAGUGAAGUGUACAAGAGACGAGACUUGUUCAUGGCUCUGAUUUAUGUGGUAAGUAUUUUACACAUAUUGUAGUUUUGUUUUUGUGCGUUCUUGGUAUAUAAAUACGUUAAAUUACGUUAGAAAAUGGCAGUUAAAGUUGAAAAAAAUGGAAUUUUAGAUAUUUUUGAUGUUUUUGAGUUAUAAAGCUAAAAAAAACCAAAAAAAUAUGACAUUUUAUAACAUUAUGAGUAAAAAUAAAAUAAUCUUUUAUAAUUUUGGCACGCUUUUCAAACCUAAAAACAUCAAAAACAAAUAAAAAACCACGUUAAAAACACCAAAAAAUGUGCCGCAGUCGACAGGAUUCGAACCUGUGCGGGCAGAGCCCAAUUGAUUUCUAGUCAAUCUCCUUAACCACUCGGACACGACUGCACGGAACGAAACGUCUUGAUUUCUGAUAGCUAUUUGUUUUGAUCUUUUUUAUGGCGUUUAUGGUUUUUUAUUAUGAUUUAUGCGUUUUUAAUCAAAAUAUGAUUGAAAAAUGGCAUUUUUAUAAUUUUUUAGUAGAAAUAGAUGUGAUAAAGCAAAAAUUCGCAGUUUCGAAGAUGUUUUUGGUAAUUAAAUCCAGUGUAAUAAAUUAGAUUGUUCAUAAAAUCCUGUGCCCCUUAACUUCAAAAAUAUGUUGUGAGAGGGGACACAAAAUCAUUUGAAAUACCUAAUUGCAAAUUUGAACUACGAAAUAGCAAGUAUUAUUUAUUUUUUUAUUUUUUUUUAGUACUGCCUCUUGGUGUCAAGUUCAGGUCUUCGCUUGGCCACAGCUUCGACCGUAGACCAUUACCAUCAGUUUGGUCUUACAAAUGGCUAUUUCUUCUCGCUUUCUAACAAUGGGCGUCUAAACCUUGUUUUAGCCUUUCUUUUGGACAUUUCUUUUAUUAUGACAGUUUUAUCAACGGUUGGACUGACGACCUAUGCUAUGAUUGAGAGGAUUUACUUGAUCUACGAGAGAAAAUGGCAUAGUGGCUACUUGUACUUUGUGAUUGUGGCUGUUAUGACAGUUUGGUGCUCGAUGCCUCCAAGUGGGUUCGAAUGGUUGAGAGGUUUGGUACAGUUUGGUGCUGGUGUGGUGAGGCAGAAUGUACAGAGAGCUAGAGGGAUUGAUCGGUUUUGGAAUUGGGAGAAUUAUUAA